AUGGCUGACACGGGCCAGAAAAUACAGCGAUCGUAUUCAUUCUGGGACCAGACACAGGAUGAGAUUGAGCUGGAAAGUCAAAUAGAGAGUAACAGGCCGAAACUAGAAGAUAGCAACCAAGGGUUUCAGGGUAGAGUUAAAAGCAUGAUUUUUUCUGACACUUGCAAAGGAGUGCUAAAGGGAGCUUUGGCCUAUUUUGUUGCAUCCUGGGCUGUCUACUCGACGACGCUUUCCAGUAUAUUAGGAAAUGCCGAUUCUAAGCAUUUAAUUUGCACAAUUGUCGUUUAUUUCCAUCCAACAAGAACAAAAGGGUCUAUGAUUCAGUCUUUGAUUUUCGUGAUCUUGGCCCUCUCGUUUGCUUUUUCGAUCUCGGUGAUACUAAUGAGCAUUUCAGCCAAGUCAUAUAACAUGGAAAGCCCUGAGCUCGGUUAUGGUAUUGAUCUCGUAUUCAGCUGUGCUGCUCUUGGUUUGAUAUCACUAACAAAACAGUGGGUCAGUAAGCCCACAUUCAACACCGCUUGUUCGCUGAGCGCCAUAGUCAUCAUUUCAUGCGUCAUCAAAGAAGGUAGCCAAGAUGGUAGCGUUGUGCCAUGGACAAAAAUCGGGUCAAUAUUCAGAAUUGUUCUAGCAGGAUGUAUUGUUUCGGCAUUGACCUGUUAUCUGUUGUGGCCAACGUCUGCUGAGGUUAAAUUGAAACAACACCUGAACGAAAAUGCAAAUUUACAAUCCCGUCUCCUCAAAAUUGUAUCAAGGUCCUUUUUAGGGUACGACGACAUAGGAUCGACCGAGACAAACGUACUGGUUGAGAAGGUCAAGUCGAGCCUCAAAAACCUGAAGAAAUACCUAGAAGAAGCCAAAUUCGAACUCUAUUUGAAAGGAAAGGAAAAAGAAUAUCACUUGCUCGAAGAUCUAGUGGAGUCUUGUGGAAAGCUUUGGAUGACCAUGGCUGGAAUGAGGAUGUCUGUCGAGUUCAAGUACGAGCUUCUUGACACCGGUAAUCAUGUUCAAACAGAGACCACAUCCUUGCGCAGCUACUACAGUGAACAGUUUGACGGGAACACAUCUAAUGAGAGCGACUUUGACGAUGAUGAAGCGGUUGCAAUAAAUUCCAAAGACCUAUUUGAUUUAUUUGUCUACUAUCUGGGACCGUCUAUCAAAAGUUUCUCGUAUACUGUUAGACAAAUCUUAAGUGGUGUUCCAUUUAAUUCAGAAAACGAGAUAGAACCGGCUGUUGAACAGUACUCAAAAAGCUUGUCUUUGGCAAAGGACUUGUACAGCGAGAACCAACUUAAGGCCCUCAAGAAAUUAUACGAGCAAGACCUCUUCAAAACAGAGACGGACUUUGAUUCCAAGGUUGAUCAGGAAGAAGUGGCCGCAUCGUGCGGUAACUUUUCUUUUCUGCUGUUGGAAUUCUCCUCGGAGCUUUUUGAGUACUUGCGAAUUUUGAAGGAGCUGAAUGCCGUGUCCACUCACAAUGACACAAAAAGCUUUGAGUUUUUAAAGUUUUGGAAACGCUCAUUUCAUCUGUCGUCCACUACUCCACGAAGAAGUACUAUUAAUGAUAUGAUAUCGCGAAUUCAAGGGACUAAUGAGGAUUAUAGUGCCAAAAUGUCCCUGAAUUAUAGAGUUUGGAGAAUAGUCAAAAUCCUGAGAAGCGUGGACGUACAAUUUGGCCUGAGAGUGGGUAUUGGCUCACUGUUCAUAGCCAUCUUUGCAUACAUUGACAAGACGAAAGACUUCUUUGAUGACUGGCGAGGCGAGUGGGCUCUGGUGACAUUCUGCAUUAUAAUGAAUAAGUCAGUUGGAGGUACCACCAUGACAAUCAAGUGGAGGUUUUUGGGAACCUUUUUAGGGGCAUUUACCGCCUAUUGUGUUUGGGUUUUACUAUACCCUAGUGCAGUACUAAUGGCAGUUGUGGGAUUCCUAUUUUCGAUUGGGUGUUUCUACAUUAUCAUCAACUGGGAAGCAAAUAAUGCAUUCGGUAGGUUUAUUCUUCUCACCUACAAUUUAACCGUGUUGUAUUCGUGGACAAUGGCCAAUAAGGUGAUAGAUAAAGUGCCCGACUAUGAUGAUGAGGGAGGAGACAACCCGAUCAUAUUUGAAAUUGCUAUUCACCGUUUUCUGGGUGUUUCAUUUGGAGUCAUCUGGGCUUUGAUCGUGACGAUGUCUUUGUUCCCUAAUUCUGCACGAAGCAGGAUACGUAGAGGACUCUCCAUUUUAUGGUUGCGGAUGGGCAUCAUUUGGCAUAGUGGUCCACUUGCUUACGAGGUCGACGAACACAAUGAAUACAAGCUUAUUGGUAUAAGGGACAGGAAGACUAUUCAUAUGAUCAUGUCUGAAUUGGAGACGUUAGUCAAACAGGCUCCGAUGGAGAUUAGACUCAAAGGACCAUUCCCCAUAGGAAUCUACGAAAAACUGCUAAUUUCAACUUCUCGGAUAAUCGACGCUUUUGAGAAUCUGAACUCCAUCAUCGAGAUAAAUAAAAAGCUUACACCUAGCGAGCACUCGGUGCUGCAAAGUUUAGCAGGUGAGAUGUCAGAACUUGAGAACCGCGUGUUCCUAAUUUUCUACAUGUUGGCUUCGGCUAUGAAGCUAGGGUUCCCACUCGCGAACAAGCCUGCCUCUACCGAACAUUCAAAAGAGCGGAUGCUCGCUAAAAUGAGCGAGAUUCGCAAACGAAGUACCUCAGAAAAACAGGUGUUGUCGGACGAAGAUUUUGUCCUACUCUACACGUACAACCUGGUCACAAACUCAAUUACCAAUGAGUUAGAUGUUCUUUUAGGACUCGUGGCAGAUUUGUACGGUAGAGUUUCUGAGGAAACACUCGAGUUAUGA